GGGAGGAGAGUUUAAUAGCGAUGUUUUAUUGUGAGUGACGAGACCAAUCCGUAAUACAGAGAAUCGUAUUGAACACCAAUUUACCAUUUGAAAAACUAUUCACCGUUGAAGGUAAUUGGAAACUCAGUAUGCAGCAGCAGCCUGGGCCAAUGGUACAACAACCUGUUGGGGUAGUGCAGCAGCCUGUACCAGGAGUCCAACAGACCGGAGUAAGAAUAGGAUUUGCACAUAAGACGAUCACUAGUUUCGGUAUCGCUCUGAUUAUAUUGGGUACAUUGGCUAUUAUAUUUGGUAUCGUACCGAUAAGCAUUGGUUGUUUUCCCACAUCAUAUAUUGGCACUGGGAUUUGGACAGGAAUUUUUGUAAUUGUGACUGGGAUACUAGUAUGUGUGUCUGGUUUCAAGAAGAGUAACUGCUCGAUCAUUGCAAAUAUGGUGUUAUCAAUCAUAGCCGCUGCAAUGGCUGGAACAGCUUUGCUGCCAUUGUCUGCAGUUGGUAUUGCUAGCGAAGAGGGGUGUAUCUAUCAUUAUUGGGGUUACAGUCCUUGUGAUUAUAGUCACUUUAGAACCUGUGUUGCUUUCCAUAGUAUGAAUUUGAUUAUAUCGAUUGUAGUUACCAUCAUUACUAUCGUCAGUGCAUGUUUAUGUUGUCGUGCUGUUUGCUGUCAUCGAGGACCACAAAGAGCAGUGUAUUAUACAGCUUCUGGGAAUGCACCCCAACAAGUACCUAUGGUGAGCAUGGCAACACCACAGGGAACUCAAUUGGUUUAUAUGAUGCCAGCAACGGGAAUGCAAGGUGUCCAGCAACCUAUGGUAGCAUCAGGCUGUAGUCAACAGCCUGCCAUGGUGAUGGUGGUACAGGGGCAUCAGAGUGACAAAAAUCAACCUCAACAGCAACCAUCUGCGCCAUCUUCGGAACAAGCACCACCACCCUAUUGUAAUAUUGAUAACCAGGCUGUACCUAUGGUGUAAAGCUUAUAAAUGUAUUGUUGAAAUUUCAGCGGGAAAGUUGGUCUGUUUUACACCACUAGACUUUUGAGUUCAUGAUACUAUUUACUGCAUAUAUAUAAAAUACUAUGUGGUUACGAGGAUACCUCAAUUUAAAGUAUGCACGAAGACAGUACAGCUGGAGUAUCGACCGACCCGCAGCGGAGGUCGAUGUGACGGUGUACUGUCUGAGUACUGUACUUUACUGUCUUUUUCUUCCAAGGAUACAUCAUGGGAAUGCCGAAAUCCAAAAUGUUCAGAACAAAAUCAGAGAACUUUUGUGUCCAGUCAAACCCUGGUGGCAGCCAUGUUUGUUUUUAUUAUUAGAGGACACUUGCGCGCGUAAUCAUUCCAUAUUUGGAAUUCGCAUUUCCUUAUAUGGUAGGAUGAAAAUACUCUAUGGUCGGAAACGAGGGCUAUAUUCAUGUACUACCCUUAUCCCACGAGUGUGUAGAUCAUUUUACAGGGAAUUGCCCAUGGCCAUGCAUUUAUUUCCUUUUUCAUUGAAGCGUAGCAGCACAAUAUCCAUGCAUGGAAGGAGACCUGAUAUUGUUUUAGCAAUGUUCAGUGCAUGACUAGAAAGUACACAACUAGCUGAAAGGUACUUCAAAUGAUAGUAAACUUUUUCUCAGUUUACGGCAAGUGCCAUGACAUAUGAAGAAUAAUACUCUUCCAAACAAGUCAUGCAAACUUGUGAUGAAUAUGUGAUUUUUCAUUCACUGCGAAAAUUGAUUGAUUUGAUUUUUAACUUGAAUUUCUUAUUUUCAUUUAUAUAUCAAUAUUAAAAUGCCAAUCUUUCAAAGGGAAACAUGGCAUUGUUAUGCUGUAUAAGAAAUGAGAAUCAUAUCUACAAUAAGAGCAUACCCGCCACCAAUUGCAUUUGACAGUUGCUGGACUGAAAUAUUUUUUUGGCUAAUUUUAUAUUGUAAAUGGGAAAUCGGGGCAGCCUUGAGCAAGGGGCCAUUUGUCAGUUUAAAUAUUUAGGCAAGAAACCUCAAUGUACUAUGUGAAAAAAACAAAUGGUUGUCUGUCUUGAUGCUCUGGGUGAAAAUUUCAUUUCUUCACGUGAAUCGUACUUUGCCAUUAUGAAUUAAGUGUCAAAAAAUAGUACAACCGAUAUGCUUUGGGUGUGUUUUAUUGCAUUCAAAAACUUCAAAUAUAAAUUGUACAUUAAUUGUAAUUAGGUUAUUUAACUGUCAAUGUUAGUAAACUUGUGUGAAAAUGUGAGACAAUACUGUUCAUUAAUAAUCACUCUAGUAUGCAGGGAUAUUUUUAAACAAGGGAACAGGGGCGCAGCGCCCUCAUGCCAUGGCCAUGCGCCUCUUUCUAGAAAAACCUGUGAGUAUGUGUCGUAUAUAUAUAUAUAUACUUGUAUAUUUUUGUAAUUUUAUUUAGUUAAAUUAUACAUUUGUUAUAAUUUUAUUCAUCGCAUAUUUAUGACAUGCAAAUGAGGCAGAUAUUUUGACCAAUCAAUUUGUACACGUACAUGUACGUGAACCCAAGGGGUUUGUGCAUGUCUAUUUCCUGGUGGAAUUGGGAC